GGCCACCAUUACCUGACAAGUGCCAGAGCUGGUCUCUCUCUGGACGCCUGGAGAAGCCCUCAGAAUAGUUUCUGCUUUUCACACAGCAGGUUUCUGGUCUGUGACUGGGAAGAGAAUUCUGCACCUGAGGCAUGGCCAGAAGGCAAAACUAACUGCACACCUCCGUCCACAAGAGUUUUCCUCUCAGGAAGCAGCUGAGGUGGACCUCAGUCAGCAAGAUGCGCGGGGCGGUCCUGCUCACACUGCUGCUCUAUUCAAGCCUCCAGGCACAGGAAAACUCUUUCACCAUUAACACCAUCCAGAUAGUCAGCCUGCCCUCCUGGGAGGUACCGAAUGGGCACAACCUGACCCUGCAGUGUCUUGUGGAUAUCAGCACCACCUCGAAAGUCAGGCCUCAGCACCUGGUGCUGUUCUAUAAGGACGACGUGCUGCUGUACAAUGUCUCCUCCAGGGAGCACACAGAGAGCUUCUUUAUUCCCCAGGCUCGGGUCUUCCACUCGGGGAGGUACAAAUGCACCGCGAUCCUGAACAACAAGGAGAAAACCACUCCUGAGUACCCGGUGCUGGUGAAAGGUGUGCCCAACCCCACAGUGACACUGGACAAGAUGGAGGUGACAGAAGGUGGAGUUGUGAGAGUCAAUUGUUCUGUGAAAGAAGAGCAGCCGCCAAUAUAUUUUAAGAUAGAGAAACUAGAACUGGAUACAAAAGAUGUCAAGCAGAAAAGAGAGAAGAAUUCGAACCAUAAUUUUGUGCAAAUGGAUUUCCCUAUCGAGGAGCAGGACCACAUGCUGGUGUUCCGCUGUCAAGCUGGGAUCAUGUCCGGGAUCGUCCUGCAGACCUCGGAAUUCACCAGGAGUGAAUUGGUUACUGUGCAGGAGUCCUUCUCUACUCCCAAGUUUCACAUCACGCCUCCUGAAAAGAUCAUAGAAGGAGACCAGGUCGACAUUAAGUGCACAGUUCAAGUGACACACUUGGUCCGGGAAUUUCCAGAAAUCAUAAUCCAGAAGGACAAGGCUAUUGUGGCCACCGCCAAACAGAACAAUGAGGCAGUCUACUCAGUCAUGGCCACGGUGGAGGACAGUGGCCGUUAUACCUGCAAAGUGGAGUCUAACCGCAUCUCCAAGGUCAGCAGCAUCGUGGUCAACAUAACAGAGCUGUUUCCCAAGCCGAAGCUGAAAAUCCCCUCCAGGUAUCUGGACCAAGGGAAAAGUUUGGAUCUGUUUUGCUCUGUCCCGGGGACACCUUCAGCCAACUUCAGCAUCCAGAAGGAAGCAAUGGUCUUGUCUCGGGACCAGAAUUUCAGCAAGAUUGCCGAGGAGAAGGACAGCGGGAUGUACCGCUGUACUGCAGGCAUCGGCAACGUGGUCAAGAGCAGUGACCCGGAACUGAUAAACGUGUGUGAAACACUCUCUAAGCCUAGGAUUUUCCACAAUGCCGAGGCCGAGCUCAUCAAAGGAUAUGCCAUAACCAUCAGCUGCCAGUCACUAAAUGGAACAGCACCUGUCAGUUACAACCUUCUAAAAGCCACAGUCUUCGUCCAGUCUCGCACGAUGUACUCCAAUCACCCGGCCACCUUCACAGAUGAGCCCACCAAAGACGUGGAAUACCAGUGCAUGGCAGAUAAUUGCCAUUCUCAUCCUGCACUGUACAGCGAGAUCCUGAGCAUCAAGGUCAUAGCCCCGGUGAAUGAAGUCACGCUUUCUAUCCUGUCGAGUAACGAGGUGCAGUCUGGGGAUGAAAUGGUACUUCGGUGCUCCGUGAGAGAGGGGACUGGCCCGAUCACGUUUAAGUUUUUCAAAGAGAAAGAGAACAGACCCUUCCACGAAACCAUCCUGAAUGAAACUCAAGCGUUUUGGAUUGAGAAACAAGCUAGCAGGAAGCAGGAGGGACAUUACUAUUGCAUGGCCUCCAACAGAGCCAACUUUGCAAAAAGCAGCCCUAUAACUGUCAAAGUCUUUCUUGCUCCGUGGAAGAAGGGGCUCAUUGCUGUGGUUGUCAUUGGAGUGAUCAUCGCCACCUUGAUAGUUGCGGCCAAAUGCUACUUCCUGAGGAAAGUCAGAGCCAAGCAGAAACCCGUGGAGAUGUCCAGACCAGCAGCUCCACUUCUGAACUCCAACAGUGAGAAGGCUUCUGACCCCAAUGUGGAAGCCAACAGUCAUUACGGUUAUGACGAUGUUGGAAACGAUGCAAUGAAACCCAUCAAUCAAAAUAAAGACUCUCAGACCAUGGAUGUGGAGUACACGGAAGUGGAGGUGUCCUCUCCUGAGUCUCACCAAGAUCUGGGAACGAGAGCCACAGAGACGGUGUACAGUGAGAUCCGGAAGGUCGACCCUAAUUGCGUGGAAAGCAGAUAUUCUAAAACGAAAGGCUCCCUUGAUGGAACUUAAGACAACCAUGACAGGUGCACAUGCCUGGGAAGACGUCCAUAACCCAAGAAGAGCAGCCGAUUUCCGUGUUCCAGGAGUCCUGUGCACUUACUUAUGAGCCGGCCCCGCCCCCACUGAAAAUAGCGAUUCUUGAGGCCAGGCCACCCAAUCUUAAGUCCUCCUGCCUUGUUAAUGUCGGGUAUAAAGAGAAUCAGAGGCGCCGUUUAGUGACUAGCCCGACCGUCCUUCCAAACUAGAUCAUCCUUGCGAUUUGGGAGAGGGAGAGGAGGUUCGGGGCGAACAAACCGCUGAAAUAUUUUGAAGCUCAAAUACUGUGUCUCAGAGAGACCAAGCGCUUUCUCGUGUGCCUGUUCUCAUGUGCACACCUGUUCUCAUGUGCACAGAAGCCUGUUUUUGUCCUGUAGUCAGUUACUUUUAGCAAAUGGUCUGGACUCGGGGGUAGGUUUUGUUUUGUUUUGUUUUCUUUGCCUUUCUUUUUCCUUCUGGGCUGACCUUGUUCUUUGGAGGUAUACAAUGCUGCUCAGAGAGCGUCCCUCGUCCCCUGUACGGUGGCUUCAUUCACCGAGGGGAGUGGGGGGCACAGCUGACAGGGAGCAAUGCUUGUGGAUGGAACCUUGAAGACAAGCCUCAGGCAGGCAAUGCCAAGACUAGCCUGGAGCGAGCAAAGACACCCUUAAGCUGCUGCUUUCCAGGUCUUUCUUUUCCUCUCCCAUGCCGAAGGCCUAAAGAGGAGAAACAGUUGGCUACAGCUAAUGGUAUUUUUUUUAGUAGUAAAAGGAAAUGUGUACUUUUCUCACUAAUUUUUCUUUAUUUAUUCCCUGUUAAAGAAACGGUCUCCUGAGGUCCCGGGGUAUUUUCCGAGGGUGGUGUAAGUGGGGGAAUGGGAGCUGCCUCCAUUUUGCCUUGGAACAUCCAUACCUAACAUCUUCCCUGUUUGCCUCAGCCACCCAGUUGCAGGGCCCCUGAGAGGUAUUGUAUUAAAUAAAACUGAUUUUCACUCUUCA